AGCUCUCUCCAGACGCGCAUUGUUGCGCGCACUGCCAACAGAUUAUUCCUUCUUGGUUAUGGGCGAGCGCUGUUGCAGAACCUCUCUCUAGUCUUGUGCGGUCGCAUCGUCACUCUCGCUGUCUUCGACGGAGGCGGAGAGAGUCGGUGACCUAAUAACGAACGAGCCGCGAGCGCCGCAAUGGCCAUAGUAUCAGUGGCUUCGGUCGCUGGUAAUCCUAUUUCGUCUCCGUUUCUCGGACGAAUUCCGUCUAGUCUCGGGCAAUCACAAUUUGGACAGAGCUUACAGAGUUGUGUUCACACAUGCAAAAGGACUGCAAUUCAUGCACUAUUUUGGGGACCUAGGAAAGCAGCAGAGCCAUCUGAAACAGAUAUUUCACUUGGAGAUUUCACUUUGACAGGGUCAGGCUUGGAGGGGGUUUCUGCAAGCUCAGCCAAGCCUAAAAAAGUAUCAGUUUCAGUGGUGUCUUCAAUCGCAGAGGUUCCAUCAGAUGACUGGGAUGCAUGCAACCUAGAUUCCACGGGUCCUGAAAAAUUCAAUCCGUUUCUCACCCAUGGUUUCCUUUCAAGCUUGGAGGAGUCAGGCUGUGCGGUGAAGCCUUCUUUUGUACUAAUUCAGGAAACAGGAUGGAUGCCAAGGCACAUUGUAGCUCGGGAUGAACACAUGAACGUAGUGGGCGUUUGCCCACUUUAUCUUAAAAGCCAUUCUUAUGGUGAAUACGUUUUUGAUCAUUCUUGGGCAGAUGCCUACUAUGGUUAUGGAUUAAGAUAUUAUCCAAAAUUACAAUCUUGUGUACCCUUCACUCCAGUAACUGGUCAAAGGAUCUUACUACGGGAUACCCCAUUCAAGGAUCAGGUGUUUGACAUUGUAGUCUCUGCAAUGAAGAAUCUGACUGCCAAGCUUCAGGUUUCAUCAUUGCAUGUCACUUUUCCAUCUGAAAGUGAAUGGCACAAAAUGAAGGAAAAGGGGUUCCUGCAGAGGAUUGGCAUGCAGUACCACUGGAAAAAUCGCAAUUAUAAAAAUUUUGAUGAGUUCUUGAUGGACAUGAAGCAAAAUAAAAGGAAAAAUAUUCGCCAGGAGCGCAAGAAGAUUCCUGCUCAAAAUUUGACCAUGAAACGCUUGCGAGGGCAUGAGAUAAAGGCUAGCCACUGGGAUACCUUCUAUAAGUUCUACAGGAACACAACUGAUAACAAGUGGGGUAGUCCUUAUCUAACAAGGGAUUUCUUUCACAAUAUGGGUGCAAAAUUGAGAGAUAAUGUACUACUUGUUGUCGCUGAAGAAGGCAGUGAACUUGUUGCGGGAGCUCUCAAUCUUAUUGGAGGAGAUACAUUGUAUGGGCGCUUGUGGGGGUGUCUUCCUCGUGCUUAUUAUCCAAGUUUGCAUUUUGAAGCAUGUUAUUAUCAGGCUAUUGAAGCAGCUAUAGAACUUAAUCUGGACAAGGUAGAGGCUGGAGCCCAAGGCGAGCACAAAAUCCAGCGUGGUUAUAUGCCAGUGACAACUUAUAGUUCUCAUUAUAUUGUGGAGGAAGAGUUUAGGAAUGUGAUAGAUGAUUUCUUGGUGCGAGAAGCUGCACAGGUGAAACUUGUUACGAAGCUUAUGCAUGAUUCUGGCCCCUUCAAAGAUGGUCUGCAGUAGGCGCCCAACUUUACCGGCCAUCCAAAACUAACACGAAAACAUGGCGAUGCCAACUAGGCCUGAUAAUGUGUAGCUUGUGGAGACUUGUAAAUUUGUUCCUAAUUUUGAGGCUCCGAGGAGGGAGUAAUGCAUGCUGGGGUCUGAUUCUGUGCGGAAACAGGAGAAGUCUCUUCCUACUGAUUAAUUGAAGGGAAGACAUUGCAGUGCACAAGGAAGGAAAAUUCAGCGAAAAGGAGACAUAUAGGUGAAAAUAUAGAUGUACAUAUUGCCCAACUCUAUCCAAAGCUCCUUUUUAUGGUAAUUAUGCCGUGUCAAAUAGCAAUUUAGUUUUCA